CACAGACAUAGAGAAUUGAAUAUUGGAUGUGCUAUAGCGUGCAUUACUUCCAUGGAUUGUGAAGAAAAUAUUCUUAAAGAAAAUAUUUUGCGAUUUAGCUUUUAAAAAAUUAAUUAAAUUUAGUUUAUGUAGUCAUUUUAAAGAAUUUCAACUUUAAGAUCCUCAGAAAUCAAUCAUUGGUAGCUGCUUAUCAAUUGAUUCGAUUAGUAUACAUAGAUUAAGAGAAAGUUACGAAAUACUCUGGUGAACAUCGCAAAAAAGAAAGAAAAAAAUGUUUGGCGAAAAUGAAGAAUUUCAGUCGAUCCACAUACUUUUUAUGUCCUUUAUAUUCUUUAUAAUUUAUUUUGUAUGGAAGUCUACGGAAGUAAGGCGAGAAAUCCAACCAAUUGAAAAUAUCCAGCAUACAUUUGGAGUCCGCAGAAGUGCAUCGAUUAUUUCCAAUGCAUCCACAAUAUCAACGUCUACAAUAGAAGAGAAUCUGACAAAUAGUGUCGAAGAACUUGCCCAAAAUAUCUUUACAGAAGCAUCUGAAACAUAUAAUAAUAAUAUAGCAAACAACAGAAGCAGUAAUGAUUCAUUAUUGGGUGGAAGAAGAACUGACGAUGAUUUGUCCGAAGAUGAAUUAUCAGAAGAAGAGAGAAUCAUCCGUGAAAUGGAUGGAGAUUUAAACCCGCAAUUAAGGAAUAGACAUCAAAGAUCUAUCACACGUGACAAUGAAGCAUCAACGUCCACCACAAGAAUUAGCGAGAGUACAGUAGUAGAAGACAAAAUAUCAAUCAAAUUGAAAUAUUUAAAUGAUGAAAUCAAGACAGUCGAGUGCUUUCUUAAUGAGAGCGUUGGAAAUUUUAAAAGACGAAAUUUUAAAACAGAACUGGAAUCAAAACUAAUAAAAUUGAUCUUCAAUGGGAAGCUAUUAGAGGACGAUUCUAAAUCCAUCCAACAAUGUGGCAUAUUUUCGGAAGCAACAGUUCACUGUUUGAUUGUUCAAAAGAAAAGUAGCAACAUAAAUGCUUCAUCGGCAAAUCCAAAUAUUGCAAACGGAAGCAACAGAAAUGGAGCUAGUGAUACCAACAAUAGUCUCAUUAAUAAUUUUAAUAUUGCUGGCAUUUUCCUAGUGACAUUAACGCUCAUUUUUUGUUGGUAUUGUCGAGUUCAGUAUGCAUCUUAUUUUAGCUGGUAUUCAACAAUCGGAUUAAUUCUUAUGACAUCACUAUUUAUCAUUUUAAUUCCGCUCUUUUCGAUGGUCUUUAGCUAGAUCUUAUGUAAAUUAUUAUUAUUAUUCUGUAUGAGACGAGUCAAAAUUAAUUAAUGAAUUAAAAUUGCUUUCAUGCAGUCGCGUGGAAGUCCCAACUGUA